AAUUGGGAAGAAGAUGCUCCAAACUUGAAAAUUGAACAAAAUUAUGAAAGAUCCACUCUUUCACCCAAAAAAGGCCAAACCCAUCGUACCUCAUCUUUGGGUGGUCAAUUUUAACCCAGAAUAGGAAAUAAUAUAAAGAAAAACCCCCCAAAUCAAAUCCAAAUUUGGAUCAUCAAAACCCUAAAAAUCGAAUCAAAUUCGAACUCAAAUGGACAGAAACGAAAGACCCACAAGCGUAAUCGACACAUUAGGUGAAGAACUAGUCAGGAUCAUAACCCCGGUUUCAAUUUGCAUGUUCUUGGUGGUAAUUUUGGUGUCAACCCUAAAUUCCGAUUCAUCAUCUUCAUCUUCCGAUUCAAUCACCACGAUAGCUAAUUUAGCUUAUGACGAGAGCAGCUCAGAUUCAUUUUGGGACAAAUUUGAAGGUGCCCUUUUGAAUUCUCUAGUUUUUGUGGUAAUUGUGACUGUUAUUACCUUCAUUUUGGUGUUCUUAUUCUAUAUUAGGUGCACUGGUUUCUUGAAAUAUUAUAUGGGGUUUUCAGCUUUUAUGGUAUUGGGGUUUAUGGGUGCUCAGAUUGCUAUAAUGUUGAUUGCAAAGUUGAGUUUGCCUAUUGAUAUCAUCACAUUUGCUGUGGUUUUGUUCAAUUUUGCAAUUGUGGGUGUUUUGGCUGUGUUUUUGUCGAAAACUGGAAUCUUUGUAACUCAAGCUUAUUUGGUUGUGAUUGGGGUGUUGGUUGCGUAUUGGUUUACUAUGUUACCUGAGUGGACUACUUGGGUGCUUUUGGUUGCAAUGUCACUUUAUGAUUUAGCUGCUGUGUUGCUGCCCGUUGGUCCGCUUCGCCUGUUGGUGGAGCUUGCAAUAUCUAGGGACGAAGAUAUACCUGCGUUAGUUUAUGAAGCUCGCCCUGUUAGCAUUGAUGAGUCGGAUGGUGUUAGUCAGAGGAGGCUUUGGAGGGAGAGAAGGGGUAAUGGAGAUCAACAAGAGAAUAUGAAUAAUGGGAUGAAUUUGGAGACGAGUACAGAUCACCGAACACUAUCAUCUGUUGGAAGCGGCCUUGGUGAGAGAGAUAUGGUAAGAACUGAAGAAGGACGGGUGCCAAAUAAUGAUCAGGGUACUUCCGUGCCAUUGCUUGAGCAUAGAAUGAGGGUUGAACUUGAACAGCAUGUUUCAGAUGAUGGUAUGGCUUUUGAAGGAAUUGGUUUGGGAUCUUCUGGUGCUAUUAAGUUAGGACUUGGGGAUUUUAUCUUUUACAGUGUAUUGGUUGGUAGGGCAGCAAUGUAUGAUUAUAUGACGGUGUAUGCAUGCUAUUUGGCAAUAAUAGCUGGUCUUGGAAUUACCCUGCUGCUUCUGGCUGUUUAUCAGAAAGCUUUGCCUGCUUUACCCGUGUCUGUCAUGCUCGGGGUGUUGUUUUAUGUCUUGACUCGGUUUUUACUUGAAGAAUUUGUGGUGCAGUGCUCCAUAAAUUUUGUUAUGUUCUAGCGCUGUAUAUUACUUGUAAUUAGCGUCAUCUUUGAAGCAGUGACUCUUGUUCAACAUUUGGGUGCCAACAGCUUGGUCACAAUUUUUGUUCUUCUUUCACUGUGAAUAUAUGGAUAGACACUUGUACUUGAAGAUAGAUUCCCCCUUCUUUUGGAUCUUGUUGUGAAAGGUCUUCUCAAUAGUAAAUUGUCGGUAUUGUCUGUAACUGAAUAAGUAUAGAUUUUGAGUUAGUUGAAUGAGGCAAUAGUGCUUAAAUGGCUACAGUUCUGUGGAGGUACUGUGAAAGUCUAUAUGAAGAUGGAAGCACUCUCUAAGGUAGUCCUAGGUGCUCACCAACUUCUGUUUCACUGGAAAGCUGAAAAGAAGCCAAUCCCAUCCUUUGCCACAUACUUGGAACUGGGAAAUGGGAUGUUCGGAAUUAAGAAUAUGCUCGAGGGUGAAAGUCUAUGGCAACAUACAUAUAAAUUGAAGUAUUUGAUGCUUGAAUCACCUGUGCGACUAACAAGAUUUUCCUGGUUUACCCUUUUAAUCAUAUAGAAGUGGCAUAUUUGGCUUCUCUUGAAUGGAAUGGCCGAAUGACAUUAGCCAUCUAAGAUAUUGAGAUGGAAUUGUUUGUAAAUUGUGUUAGUUCUGCUGAAGUAGCGGGAAUAUUGCUAGCCAGUAUUACUGUAUUAGAAGAACGGUGCUGCUCACAGGCAAGAGAAUGUAACAGAGUUAUAAGUCUUUUUUCUUUCAAGAUUGGUGCAAUAACUUCCAUGGAGAUAAUGUGGUAAGAAACUAAGAAUGAUAUUGAUAAAUUCCUUUCAGAUGCACUGUAUGUGUUAAUUUAGUUCUGCUUGUUCAGUUGUU